AGCCAGCACAUUGCAUAGGCCCAGCCACUAGCAAGAGCAUUUCAGCUGGUCCUGGCAUCGCGGGGGCCCAUCAGGCUGGACUUCAGGUGACGCCGAGGACGCCUAGGGCUGCUGAUGGAAUUGUUGAUAGCCGGCUAAACAUCGGCCAUUUUGUCCCUCGAAUUUCGUAGUUGCUGUCGAGGCUGUUCAAGACGGCUAUUGCUCCUCCUCGAGUCUGCCGUAGCGAUGAGGGAAGAACGCCGCAGCUGCCGUGUGUGUCAAUAAAGCUCGGCUUGAGAUGUUCGCACGGAGCAUUGGCGUGCGAGUCAUCGUCAACUGCACCCGAGCCACAAGAAUUUCAUCGACCUCAGCAGUCCGGGCAGUUCCAAAAAGGUUCUCGUCAACUUCGACCGCCGCCUCAAGCCAUGUCCCUGCUCCAACGGCACAUCCUCUGGCUGGAGUCGCUUCGCAACUUGACCAUGUGGCUCCUCGAUUCGAGAUAGACCCUGACAACAUUGAGAUCCUCGAAUCUCCGACCGCAUUCUACGAGACCUUGAAGGCAAAAAUAAGAGGCGCAAAACGCAGGAUCUACUUGUCGACAUUGUACAUUGGCAAGAGCGAGCAUGAACUGAUUGCGACCUUGCGAGAAGCCCUUGAGGCAAACCCGAAUCUCGAGCUUUCGAUCCUGACGGACGCACUUCGGGGGACUCGAGAAGACCCUGACCCAUCAUGCGGCACUCUUCUGGCUCCCUUGGUCUCCCAAUUCGGGGAUAGAGUGAAGAUCUCCAUGUUCCACACACCGAACCUGAACGGCUGGAAGAAGAAAUACAUGCCCAAGCGCCUGAACGAGGGAUGGGGUUUGCAACACAUGAAGCUAUACGGGUUCGACGAUGAAAUCAUGCUGUCAGGGGCAAACUUAUCGAACGAUUACUUCACGAACCGACUGGACCGCUACCAUCUAUUCGCGUCAAAAGAGCUUACAGAUUUCUACGCGGCUGUCCAUGAGGCUGUCUGCGAUCUGUCGUAUACGCUAAUACCGUCCGACGAACGCCCAGGAGGCUUCGAAUUGAUCAGCCCGCACGAACGUGGAUUCCCCGACCCCUUAUGGCACACAAAGCGGUUCAAACAGAUUGCCAAAGAAACAUUGGAGCCGCUCAUCCACAAGAAGGCAAGACAGAAGAUGUUUCCAGUGCCAUUCACCAAGGAAAAGACAUUUGUGUACCCUUUAGCACAAUUCGACAUCCUGCUAGGCGACCCCAAGAACAUCGCCUUCCUCGACUACGAAUUCGCGAGCUAUACCUCAACAGAGAAGCCUGCAAUCACACGACUGUUGACUAACCUGGCAGACGACGAACGCUUGCAGAAGUCUCGAUGGGCCUUUACUGCAGGAUACUUCAACAUCGACCCGGACAUUUCCAAACUCCUUAUAGCCGCAACUCCCGGACCAGGAGUCUUAGCCCCUGGCACCAAAGCCCUCGAAAAGGCUUGCACAGUCAUCACGGCCUCGCCUUGGGCCAACGGAUUCUAUGGCAGCCCCGGCGUAAGUGGUAUGCUACCCGCCGCAUACACGUUGUUAUCGCGACGGUUCCUGCGCACCGUAGCCAACGCCGGAAAGGAAAACCAGAUUCAGCUCAAGGAAUGGCGGAAAGGGACGGUCGGCGAACCAGGCGCGAUGACAUACCAUGCCAAAGGGCUCUGGGUGACGCUUCCGCCUCAACUGGAUUCAGAGCCAGAGAAAACGGUCGAUGAGGCCGGACCGAGCAUCACUGUGGUCGGGAGCAGCAACUACACCAAAAGAAGUUACAGUCUAGAUCUGGAGAUCGGCGCAAUGGUCGUGACGGGGGAUGAUCGGCUCAAGGCCAGACUCAAGAAGGAGACUGAGAACCUCGAGGCGGAUGCCACGAUCACGACGCAGGACGACCUGGCGAAAGUCGAUCGAAGGGUUGGGUUGAGGGUUAGACUUGCCUUGUGGUUGGUCGAGGCUCUUGGUGGUGCGCUUUGACGGCAUGUCGACGCCGUUAUUGGACCUUUCUCUCCGACGUGCAACGUGACGGUCUAGAUUUUGGCAGCUGUCAGUCAAAGUCACGAGGACGGUUUGCCACGACUGUGCUGCGUGUCGGCUCUUCCAGAGCAGACAAUAUCAGAGACGCUGUGAAUUCGUAGCAGGGUAUGCCUGUUGCGAUUUGUCUUGACUCCCACGAAAUCGUCCGUCUCGGCACGAGGAUGCGUCGACUCCGAGCUUCGCUGCUCUCGCUCGUCCUCC